GCUGUUUUCCGGCCCCUGCUCGGUAAAAUGGCAGAGGUCGGUCAAAGGCUGGGGAACGGAGUUUACCGGCUGUCUGCUCUCAAAACCAGCCAGAGUCGAGCCGUGUGCCCCGGAGGAAGUCCCGGGUGUCUUAUAACAAACCAUGCCUUCGUUUCCGGUCGGGUUACAGAGAAAUCAGUCCAGUCAGCUUCAGAAAGCACAGAAACACUUCUCAGGUCAGAGAAAGUUUCCACAGUGAAGGAAAGCGGGAGUCAGGUGUUGGAGAGUGCGGCUGCCUCCGGUUUCACCGAAUUUUUAGAAAACACGGGGAGCCUGCGAGCUCAUAAAGCUGCUCUUUUCCUCCAGAAGAAGCUGCUGCUUUGCAGGAUGAGACUGUGGACGACAGCAGCUGUCUCCAUCCACCCUGACGCCUUCAGGUCCCCCCAACAGCGCCGAGCUCUCUGCACGCUUACCUUCAUCUUGGCAGAUCCUGGAUCAGACAGGCUGGGAAGUGGACACGGACUGAGAUGUCUGAAUCUGCUCCAUGACGCCCUGAAGUCAAGUUUCACAGCAGCUAGAAGCUACAGCUGGAGGUCAGAAGACGCUCCUCUGCUGCACAGGAGCAGGACUGCCUAUUAUGACAUCCUCAAAGUGUCUCUCAGUGCCACGCAGUCUCAGAUCAAGACGGCUUACUACAAGCAAUCCUUCAUCUACCACCCUGACAAGAACCCCGGGAGCAAGGAGGCCACCCAGCGCUUCUCUGAUAUCAGCGAGGCUUACACCGUGCUGGGAAACAUCAGCCUGAGGAGGAAGUACGACCGCGGCAUCCUGAGCCGGGCAGACAUCCAAAAUGCAGGCAGACCCUCCAGCAAGGAGGCUUCCAGCAGAUCCACGGGCUCCCAACAAAAACCUCAGCAGAGAGCCAGACAGUUCUCCCAACCUGGAGGGAGGCCCAUAUUUGAUUUUGAUGCCUUUUAUCAGGCUCACUACGGGGAGCAGCUGCAGAGAGAGAAGGACCAGAGAGCCAGGAAGCAGCGGAUGGAGGAGGAGCUGAAGAAGCAUCAUAGCAGGUGGAGGCAGAAGAAAAUGAUGGAGGUGGCUGUGGUAAUGCUGCUGGCCAUGGCAGGGCUAAUUAUUAUCAAUGUCAACGGGCCUUGAAAUAGAAGCGGCAGCCGGAGGCGCUUCUGGGGCUGCACUUUAUGACUCUCAGGGUGAGGAGGUGGAGACGGGAAGUGUUUGCACAGUUGCUGACAGCUGAAGAGGUUCAGUUGUUUUCAGGAGUAAACAAACCGUCUCACUCGGAUUAUUUAAGCUGUUUCAAGCAGCAACUUGUUAGGCUCCGUGUCUGUACUGUAUACUGAUUGUUUAAAAACAUGGGUUCAUUUCUCAAGUCUUCGAUUGAAAAAAACCAAAAGAGUUCUUGCUUUUUACAGUCAUUCCUCCUGUUCAUGCUUAGUGAUGACAAAAAAAGAGGCCAGGCUUCAUUUUAAUAGUUCACAGGACAUAGAAUUGACCUUUAAAUCACGCAUGAUGUGUUUUUAUUGUAAGCGAUGUUGGACAAAAGCCCCAGUUUUCCCCUUCCAGUCAAAAAACUGAAGCUAAAAUGAGCCUUCAGCUGUCCCCAUUUCAAAGAGGAUGUCCUCUUGAAAGACAGGCUCUUUUGUUGGCAGCUCACUAUUUCUAUAUCUGCCUGAGCUCAGGGUGGAACUGCUUUUCAGGGAAACAAAGAGACUGGGUUUUG